AUGUUAUGCAAUUUCCAAUUCAUCUUAAUUCCUUUGUCAAAUGCGAUCACUUUAGAUAAUUCUAUUCCAGAAUUAGAUGAAUCCUGCUCUUUCAAAACAGGAAAUUAUGCUUUUUUUAAAGGAAACUAUAGAGUUUGGUGUUUUGGUGCAAAAGGAGGUGAUUCUUUCGCGAAUGGAGGAUCUGGAGCUAAAAUAUUCGGAAAAUUAAUAUUAACUCAAGAAACAGAAAUCUCAAUAAUCACUGGUGAAAUUGGUGCCGAUAGACAUCAUGGAGGAAGAGGUGGAAAACUAGAUGGAGCCGAUUCAAAGAAUGGUAACAGUAUAAAACGCGGUGGGGGUGGUGGGUCAAGCUCUAUAUCCAUUUAUGGUAACAAAAUUCUUGUAGCAGCAGGUGGAUCUGGAGCUUACGGACAUUGGUUCUCCUGGUGGAAAUUUUUCCCACAAUUUUGA